UUGGCUAAAAUUAAUUCAGCAAGACACGAAACAGGAUCAAAUUCAGUUUUUGAUACAGAGAAACGCGAAGACGAAUCCAUAUUGGUGCAAAUGAAAGUGAAAAAGUUAUUGGAUGAAGUUGUUAUAACACAACAGAAAAAGAUAGAAGAAGCUAGCAAAGCACUGAAUCUGUGUCAUUCUACUGUCGAAUUUAAUGGUUCUAGUGAGCACGUUGGAGGCGAAUGGGCUCUGCUUGUCGCUACUCACAAACGCCAAGCUGCGUUGAAUGAAGUACAGAGGUUGAAACGAGAAGGCACUCUGAGACCUGUUAAGGCAGGCUCGCCGGAAGUGCAGGGGAGUGGAUCAUUAACUAUUUCUGCUAUUACAUUACCGCUUAAGCAAGAAUAUUUCCGAAAUAUGGGCAUGA